UUUUUUGCUUAUUAUUCGGAGCUAGGGUUUUAUUUGUAUCUUAAAAUCUCUGAAUUCUUUAGAAAUCUCUUGGUUGGUGUGUUUAAUGGCGAAUCAUUCAUGGUCAAGCGGUGACUGGAAUUUCCGAAAUGCGUACUUCAGCAACUCCAUGACGUCGCCGGAAAGCUCAGAGAUGAGACACCACUUGGGAUCUACCAUGUAUUGGAGCUCCGAAGAACAAGCAAUUCUCGAACAUGGUCUUGUUAGAUAUUCGGCGGAACCAAGUAUUUCACGUUACGCGAAAAUAGCGUUAGAGCUUCAGAACAACAAGACCAUUAGAGACAUAGCUAUGCGUUGCAGAUGGAUGCAUACGAAAGAAAAUAACAAGAGAAGAAAAGAAGACCACACGGUGUCGGGAAGAGCCAGGGUUGACAAUCAGGAGGUUAUUGAUAUGGUGGUGGCUAGAAACUCAGCUGCACAUCUGUUUGCAUCAUCACAUCUUCUUAGAGAAGUAGAUGGGAUCACAAGUGAGCUUCUUAAACAGAAUGAACAACUCCUCAGUCGGAUUUCAGCAAAUCUCACAAAUCUCACAUCCUUGAAGUUAACUGAAAACUUGACACUCUUCAACGAGAGCAGGAAAAACAUCAGGAAACUUCUCAUAAAUUUGAGUGAAAAUGCCCCGGAGCAGAUGAAGCAUAUGCCACCAUGGCCGGAGAAACUGAGAGAUGAUCAAGAUCAGCUACUUGAUUCAAUCCUUCCUCCCUCACAUCUACAAUGAACUACUCUUUUUAUUUUUCUUUCUUUGCAAUUCAAUUCCUUAGGACAUUCUUUUGUUUUGUUUUCAAUUGGACUUUUUCAGUUAUUAGGUUUUCUCCCAGUAGAAGCCCUAGCUUAGAGCAGUCUUUGUAACUAGUUGAAGUGUAUCAAUCAAAUAACAUUUGAUGCAAAA